GGUGAUGGGAUCUUAUUUGCUAACAACGAAAAGGCGACGAUGCAGAACCUCAACGACCGCUUGGCCUCCUACCUGGACAAGGUGCGGCUGCUGGAGGGGGACAACGCCGACCUGGAGUGCAAGAUCAGGGAGUGGUAUGCCAAGGUAGGGCCCAUCUGCGAACCCCGGGACUACAGCUGCUUUCAUAAGGAAAUCGAAGACCUUCAAAACCAGAUCCUCUGUGCAGCCAUGGAGACUAACAAGAUCCUUCUGAACAUCGAUAACAACAGGAUGACGGCUGAUGACUUCAGAGUGAAGUAUGAGACUGAAUGCGGUCUCCGGCAAAACGUGGAUGCAGACAUUUGCAACUUACGGCCUGUCCUGGAUCAGCUGGCCAGCUGCAAGACUGACCUGCAGCUGCAGUGUGAGGCUUUGACUGAAGAGAUGUGUUGCCUCAAGACAAACCACGAGGAGGAAAUGAACUGUCUGAGGAAACAGGCGACGGGAGAUGUGAGCGUGGAGGUCAAUGCCUGUCCCGGCCCAGACCUGAGGAAGAUUCUGGAGGAUCUGAGGUGCCAGUAUGAAACGCUGAUGGAGCGCAACCGCAAAGAGACUGAGCAGUGGUAUGCCUGCAAGAUGGAGGAGGUGAACCUGGAGGUCAUCACAAGCAGCCAGGAGAUUGAGUCAAGCAACAAACAGGUCACUGAGCUGCGACGCCAGCUGCAGGCCUUGGAAAUCAAUGUACAAGCCCAGCUCACCAUGAAAGAAAACCUGGAAUCCUCCUUAGCGGAAACUGAAUGUCGCUACAACAAAUACCUGGCUGAGCUACAGACCCAGAUCUCCUGCGUGGAGCAGCGGCUGGCUGAGAUACGAGCAGAAAUGGAAUGCCAGAACCAGGAAUACAAGACCCUCCUGGAUGUCAAAUGCCACUUGGAGCAGGAGAUUCAGACCUACCACUGCCUGCUGGAGGGCGGACAGCAGGACAUCAUGUACGCUGACCGCAGACAAACCCACGCACAGUAA